AAGUUGUUAUGCUUGACUGCUAAAAUGGUUUAGUUAACCGUUAAAAUAAAACUCUAAUUAUCAAUUAUAUUGACCAGAAAGAAAGUAUUUUAAAUGAAAUAGCAAUUUGUAAUGAUAAGGUUUUAAAAAGCUAUUUCUUGUUAGGCCCUAGUUAAUAUGCGUUAUAGAAAAUAAGAAAUUGUCUUUAAAUAUGACAACUCAGUAAACAAAGAGAUUAAGUCCAUAUAAGUAAGCAUAAUUAGAUUUAUGCAUUUUUGGGCUAAGACAAACUUCAUUAAACAUAGAGUAUAAAUUAAAAUAAAAAUCUCUUACUAAAGUCAGAAUUGUUUAAUAUGGAAGAAUAAAUGGCCAAAUAGUUUAAGUCCAUAAAACAUUAAGAGAAUUGUUUAAUAUGGAAGCAUCGAUGGCCCAAUAGUUUAAGUCUAUAAAACAUUUAGCACAAACUGUGUAGAGAAUUGUUCUCAACUGUGACAACUGCAUAAAAAGUGCAGUUAACCAUUUUAGCAAAUAAGAAAUGCUAGAUAUUUAUUAAAUAUGUUUGCUGGUUAUAUUUCUAUUUCUCCUUGUCAUUGUCAAUUUAUUUCAAAUAUCAUUUGUUUCAAAUUCUUUGUGUUUCUAAAAAAACCCAUGGAAAACCAAAUAAAUUGGUUUGAUUAUGGUGACUACAAAAUUUUAGAUGUCCAUGAGAAGUUACACCAACAAGUCCAGCAAUAUUUGCUUAAAUAUUUCUAUAAUCAUAGACUAUUUCAUGUAUUAAAGAUCCAGCAAGAACCAGAUAUAGAAAAAGAAUUCCUAAAGAUUGUCAAACAUAUUCUGGAAAAUGAAAGUAGUAUUUUGGUAAUGGAUUUAAGAAAUAAAGAAAUUAAGGGAGUGGCUUUACUUAUGUGUAUGACACAAAAAUGGCGCUCCUGGAUGGCUUUACAAUUACUAAUAGAAAAUGAACGUUUUAGGGAGUUGUGUGAUUUGAUACGCUGGUGUUUACUGCAGCAGACCAUAAGACAUCCUCAAAAUCCGGGAGGCGAUAGUUUGCACUUAUUUUCUUUUCAUGUAUGCGAAGAAUUACAAACAGAUAAAACAUUUUUGGUGGGAUUCUUCAGAGCAAUUUGUGAGGUUUGUCGUCAUAUGCAUAUGCCUCGAGUGACCUAUCUUUGUUUGGCACAGAGAGAUCGUGAUUAUUUGGAUUUGGCAGAAUUUAAGGAAAUGGUUAGAAUUAUUUAUUCCAUAUAUACUACAUUUAAAGGGCGCAGACCUUUUGAUCGUUUAAGAGAUAUUAAUGAAAUGUAUGGAGGGUUUUAUGAGAAAAAGGUAGAGGUAUUGAUACCCUAUCAGGAUAUGUUGGUGAGACAUGUUAUUAUAGAAAAGAAGGAUGUUAAACGGGAGGCAAAGAAAACAAAGGAAGAUCCUAAAGAGAAAAAAGUUGCAGAUGAAAAAGAAUAAAAAUUACAAGAACAAAAUCUUUUAUAUGUUAUGAAAUAAGUUCGAUUUUAGUUUGAUAUGAUAACAACUGUGAUUAAAGCUGCCUUUUUAAUUAUUUUUUUUAUAUUUUUUGAACAUUAAUUAACUGAGUUGUUGAAAACCAUUACGUUUUUUAAUAAUUGUUGCUAACAAAGGCUUUUAUGUACAAGUUUUGUUUUGUUAAAAUUUUUUAAACGAUUUUCAUUCACAAACCGUCAGCAGUUAAAAGUCCAAAACAUAAUAAUGGUUGUCAAUAAAAAAAUAUAUGUGGA